AAUUGUGGUUGCCUAGCAAGUUUCACAUCCACGGCGCAAAGUUACAGACGAGUGUGUGAGUCGACUGGUGUUUGCGCUGUAAACUACAGACGCACUGCACUAUUUCACAGGACUUUUUCCCCAUCGAGGUCCAGGUGGCAACACUGACGGGGCAAGAUGUCAGUCGCGGGAUUAAAGAAGCAAUUUUACAAAGCAAGUCAGCUGAUGAGUGAGAAGGUUGGGGGUGCAGAAGGAACUAAACUGGAUGAAGACUUCAAGGAACUGGAAAGGAGAGCAGAUAUAACCAGCAAAGCAGUGGUCGAAGUCAUCAAUAAAACCUCAGAGUACCUUCAACCCAACCCUGCAACUAGAGCAAAGCUGUCUAUGCUCAACACAGUGUCCAAAAUCCGCGGGCAGGUGAAAAGUCCAGGCUACCCUCAGCCUGAGGGCCUCUUGGGAGAAUGCAUGACCAAAUAUGGGCAAGAGAUGGGCGAGGACAAUAACUUUGGUGGGGCCCUAGUAGACAUAGGAGAGUCGAUGAAAAGGAUGGCAGAGGUCAAGGACUCUCUGGAUAUUGAUGUAAAGCAGAACUUUAUAGAUCCACUCCAGGCAGUUGCUGAAAAAGACAUCAAAGACAUCCAGCACCACCUGAAAAAGCUAGAAGGCCGCCGUCUGGACUACGAUUAUAAAAAGAAACGUCAGGGAAAAAUCCCAGACGAAGAGAUCAGGCAGUCUCUGGAGAAAUUCCACGAGUCCAAGGAGAUGGCAGAGAGCUCCAUGCACAACCUGCUUGAAACAGAUGUGGAGCAGGUGAGUCAGCUGUCAUCUUUUGUGGAGUCUCUACUGCAGUACCAUAAACAGGCCACGCAAGUACUGGAGGAGCUUUCUGAAAAACUGAGAGAAAGGGUGAACGAGGCUCAGUCUAGGCCAAGGCGUGAAUACACACCAAAACCCAGGCCAGUCAUUGACUUUGGAGAGGCUGAGAACACCAAUGGAGGAUAUUCCCCACCUGCAUCAAGCCCUCCAGCCUACUCUGCAGCUCCAGCACAAUAUCCAGGUCCAUCCUUCCAAAGAACCUCGAUCAAGAACAGACCGUCUGAGCCAUGCUGUAAAGCCCUGUAUGACUUCGAACCGGAGAACCCCGGAGAACUGGGCUUUCAUGAGGGCGACAUCAUCACACUGAUCAGUCAAAUCGAUGAAAACUGGUAUGAGGGAUCCCUUCAUGGGAAAUCCGGCUACUUCCCCAAGAACUAUAUUGAAUUGGUGGUGCCUCUGCCAUACUGAAAGCAACAAGGAAAGGACAGGAUAGCACAGGGAAGACAAUGAUAAAGAUGGAUGAUAGACGAUUAUUGACACUCAAUAGUCGAAAAAAUCUUGUCUUGUAAUUAAAGGGCAAACCUCUCAAAACAGGGAACUAAAUUUUGUCAAGCUUUUUAACUAAAGUGAAGAUUUUGUAAAAUUAAGAUGAAAAAUGUAAUUUUAAAAGCAGUUGUGAAAGAGGGUUAUUAAAAAAAAAGACAGCGUAAUGUUUAGGUGCAUUUACCAUACCCUGAGGCUUCAUAAUCAUUCUCUACACACUUGUGCACUUUGUACACUACACCUUAUCACAGAGAGUGAUAAAAUUUGAAGAGUGAAGACAUUUAUCAUGACAGUGAACACUAAGAAGUGCAACUACGUUAUUCCUAUUUCUAAACCCAGUUAAUAAUUUAAACAUGGCAUGUUUUGAUCUUGGUACACUAAAUCAUAGUUUUUAGGUCUGUCUAGCUAAAACCAAUGCUGCCUACAGUCACAGAUUAUACCUUAGUCUCAUGAAGGAUUGAAUAUUCACUUUGUGUUGAAGCUGUUCAAAAGAAAAGUGUAAAUUCAUCGAUAAAGGAUCUGUUUUGUGUUCUAAUCAUUUUGUCCACCUGAUUCUUAUCAAUGAAGUGUGAAUAAAUAUUAGAACCUCCAGACAGUAUAACACAACACUAAAGCAAAUUGCAACACAGCUGGUUACUUUUAACUAAAUCUACCUAAUAAACUGUAGCUGAAGGUAUUGUUCAUAAUGGUACUGCACAUGCAUGUAUUUUUGUAUUCUUUUACACUCCUAGUUUUCACAUCUUUGCCUACAGGCUUUAGUACUGUUUUGGGUGACUCAUUGAAGUCAACAUGGAGAACUGCCUGCCAUGUGCCACGUUCAUGUUUAUCCUCUACUGCCAUCUGGUGGCCAUAUGAGAUAUCAUUCAUAGUGUCACAUGUCCUCUGUUAGUUCAUAUUUUUCUUUAGCACAAAAAGCUUUAAAACACCUGGAGCCAAACAGCAGUGAACAUGGAAAGACUGGCUGCUUGUGUGUAACCUUUUUUGACCUGACAAUUGUUAACGUGUUUCCAGUUAUUUAAAUUUCUUGAUGUCUUUUGCUGCACUCCAUCUGCUUGUCGUUUAGAGGUGAUGCCAAAGAAAAGUUGCAUAUCAUCAAAUAUCCAGAUGCUGCCAUUUGUUAUAUAAGAAAAUGUGUUAUAUCUAACCUUAAGACUUUUGUACACAAUGAUGCCAAAUAUUGUUAAAUAUCAGACAUAAUUGACAUAAAAAUAUUUUUUCGUUUUGUCUUUUUUUUUUUUUUUUUUUUUUUUUUUUUUUUACAAUGGACAUGACUCCCUCCUGGCCCCAAAUAUUUUACAUUAUGAUACAAAGCCAUUUAUUUUCUCAGGCUCUGUUGAUACUGCUGGCAGUGUCACUUUCAACUCUUUUGUAGGCUCUUAGUGAACUGUCAGUCUGUUUUGUUUUCUCCCUUCGUUAUUUCGGGUAUGUUUGCCUUAGUGCCCUAACCUGUAAUUUAGAGCAUGGAAAUUAAUCUGAUGUGUUUUGGGUGUUUCUGUAGUUGCUUCAGUUUUCAUGAUGAAACUAUGCACCAGAGCUGACAGCAAAUGCUGCCCCACGUCUGUUGUGUACAGAAGUUUGUAAUAAUGAGAAAGACCUUUACACAAUGGCUGGGAAUUGCUGGUUUCAGUUUCAAUUAAGUCUUUUACAAGGAGACUGAGAAGUGUGAGGGUCUGUAUUAUUCACUAAAAUGCUAACUUUCUCCUCUUGUCAUGAUCCCCUUGUUAACCCGCCCCCGCUCCAGUCAUCUCACCCAUCGCUAUUUAAACGGGGAGUGGAACAGACAGGUCUUUUCAGCAGAGAAGGGCACACAGCAGUGGAUUAUGCCCUCCCCCACUACUCUUUAUUCACCACCUGCCUCUGUACCCCUAACCCCUUUCAUAUUAUUUACCCCAUCCCUGUCCCAUGGUGCCUCUGGAGCAGUCUCAGGUCCACCCCUGAAAUAAUCUUCUUUGUUAUCGUAGUAUGUGCCUCUUAAUGUUAGGUUUGCAUGUGUCUUAUGUUAUUCAUGUUAAGUGUAGGGCCAUGCGUUGGCUGUGUUGAGUAAUAAUCUAUGUGGUUCAGGUGUAGGUUUACAUGCCUCAUUACACUAAAUCAAAAGCCUAGAGUUAGAGGGGGAGGAAGGGUCAUGGGCUCAGCUUGGGCUAUUAUGUGGCUUGUAUAAUAUUGAUGAUGAAUAAUGUUGUUGAACAAAGGGGUGAGAUCAAUUUUUGUGUGCUGCUGUCACAGUUGAAAUAGUUGUCUGAAUGCUGCAGAUGACAUUUAUUACAACACUAUAUUCUGUGAUAGCAGAGGCAAAAGUGUCUUUUACAAUAGUAAUUAAUGAAGUAUUAUCUGACUUUGAAGCUCUUUUUAUUAUGCACAAUCUUAAAGAAAUUAUCUGUAUUAAGAUGUAACUGCUUUGCAUGUGUCUACUACAGCCUCAGUCUUAAGCAAUUUCUUAUUUUUGUAACUGUGACACUGCGGGGAGACUAGAAGUGGGAUUAUCCUGGAUUAUCUAUAGGAUAUAUGGAUUACCUCUGUACUAAGUGUAAUCUUCAGUGCAUUGUAUAUUUUUGUUAUUAUAUAAAGGGGAGUGAAUGCUGUUCAUUCAUUUCUUUGAAUAAAUAUGAAACCAUUUA